CUUCAUCAUGUGACCCCGAGCCUGUGUGGGACCGUUAGGUCAGUGGACUUGGAACCCGACAUGUGAGCAGCGGAGGUCGCACUCUUUAGUGAGUCCGUCCCGCUGGUGGACUCAGCGGACACAAACAACCAUGAACUUCCACAAUGUCAGCUCCUUCGAAACUUUCCAGCAGCUCUGGAGUCAGUACGGGUACGAGGGAAACUUUGGUGAAAUGAUCCAGCAGGAGUUCCCACGGAUUAAAGGAAUAACAUACCUGGAUCAUGCUGCAGCCACUCUCUAUCCCGAGUCUCUGCUCAGGAAUUUUUUCCGGGACAUUUCAACAAACGUGUAUGGAAACCCCCACAGCCACAGCCCCAGCAGCAGACUGACACAUGACACGGUGGAGCAGGUCCGGAGCAGGGUAUUGCAGCAUUUUAACACCACAUCUAAAGACUACUCUGUAAUUUUCACUUCUGGUUGCACGGCCGCUCUCAAGUUAGUGGCAGAGACUUUCCGUUGGCGUCCGCAGACCGAGGGCGAAGCCGGGAGUCACUUGUGCUACCUGACUGACAGCCACACCUCUGUAGUUGGUAUGAGAGGCCUGACUACCACCCUGGGGGUAGCUGCCCUUCCUGUCUCCUCUCAGGAGCUGAAAACUAGGGCAAAGGACGGAAUUCAAGAGGAGGAUGUCAUUUGCCAGACACCUCACCUUUUUUGCUACCCAGCGCAGAGCAACUUCUCAGGGAGGAAGUAUCCCCUUAGCCAUGUUGAAGGCAUCCGAGCGCGACGCCUCUACCCAGCAUGUGACCUGCAGGGCCGCUGGUUUGUGCUGCUUGAUGCAGCUUCGUACGUCACUUGUUCCUCUCUAAACCUACAGGACUGCCCCGCUGAUUUCAUUCCCAUCUCCUUCUACAAGAUAUUUGGCUUCCCUACAGGUCUGGGGGCGCUUCUCGUCCGUAAUGAUGCAGCAGGCAUACUAAGAAAGACCUAUUUCGGAGGAGGCACAGCAGCAGCUUACCUAUCCGGAGAAAAUCAUUAUGUGCCUGCAGAAAACAUUUCUGAUAGAUUUGAAGAUGGAACCGUCUCUUUCUUGGACAUCAUAGCUUUAAAUCAUGGGUUUGAAUCUCUUUACAGGAUCACAGGGAACAUGCACAACAUCCAGCAACACACGUUCGGCUUGGCACGCUACACUUACACUCUGCUCUCAAGUCUUUGCCAUGGCAACGGGAGACCGGUGGCUCAGAUCUACGCCGAAGGCCAGUUCGAGAGUCCAAUCACUCAAGGAGCAAUUCUGAACUUCAACCUCUUGGAUUCCAGUGGGCAGAUAGUUGGUUAUUCACAGGUAGACAGAAUGGCUAGUUUGUUCAAUAUUCACCUGCGGACGGGUUGCUUCUGCAACACCGGGGCCUGUCAGGCCUUCCUGGGAAUCACUGACCAGCAGAUGAAGAGAAACCUGCAGGCAGGACACGUCUGUGGAGACGGCGUGGACCUGGUGGACGGCCAGCCGACCGGAUCUGUCCGAGUGUCCUUCGGCUACAUGUCGACGUUUGAAGAUUGUCAAAAGUUCUUGAGCUUUGUUGCCGAGUGCUUCGUGAUGAAACCAGUCACCGUGAACCGAGCCAGACUGCAGGAGUUAAAAGCAGCCAGAGAGUCGUCGGACAGACCAGAUGAACUCCCACCAGUGAACGGUUUUAUUAAGGAGCGCCAAACCGGUGUCGAAAAGAGUUCCUCAAAAGCAUCACAGCAAGAGUUUGGACACGUGGGACCAAGCCACGGAAAAACUCUGACCAACAUCUACGUUUAUCCCGUCAAAUCUUGUGCUGCCUUUGAGGUCCACGACUGGCCGGUGGGACCGCUGGGCUUACUGUAUGACAGAGGCUGGAUGGUGGUAAAUGGAAACGGCGUGUGCCUGAGUCAGAAGAGAGAGAGCCGUUUAUGCCUCAUUCGCCCACAAGUCCACCUUCCCUCAAACAAAUUGUUCCUUCAGGCAUCAGGGAUGGAUACCAUUUCAGUUCCCCUGGAAGACGACGUUUCAUUUCACACCAGCUCUCAAAUGUGUCACAGCAAAGUUUGUGGUGACAGGGUGGAGACGUUUGACUGUGGGGACGAGGCGGCGGCGUGGCUUUCACUCUUCCUGGGACAGCCGUGUCGUCUGAUAAGACAACGUCCUGGUUUGACUCGAGAAAUGAAGAAAAGAAGUGAUGAAGCUGCCGCCUCCUCGUUCCUCUCCCUGGUGAAUGAAGCUCAGUAUCUCAUGAUCAGCCGCGCCAGCGUGGAGCUCAUUCAGAACCUAAUGAGCAGCAGGCAGGAUGGCUGCGAGGGCGAUCAGCUCCUUGACACACAGAGUGCCAUUAAGCGCUUCCGUGCCAAUUUAGUCAUCGCUGGAGCAGAACCAUUCGAGGAGGAUAAUUGGUCACACUUGAUUAUUGGCAACACUCGAUUCACGGUUGCAGGUCCGUGUGGGAGAUGCCAGAUGAUUGGAAUAGACCAGGACACCGGGACCAGGACUAAAGAGCCACUCGUUACCCUGUCUGCCCAUCGGAGCGGGAAGGUGACUUUUGGUGUGUACCUGACUCACCAGGCUCCUGAGGACUUUGUGAGCGUCCUCUCUGUCGGUUCCGUCGUACAGAUGGAGUCACACGAUCACUAGUUGGUCACCUGUGACACUUAUUUAUUUCAGUGACAGCCUUUGACUCCUACAGGCUCCCUCUCCUCUGCUCAUGGACGUAAUUUUGGGGGGGGGACAGGGGGGACAUGCCCCCCCCCCCCCUCCCACACACACUUUUUCCAAAGUCAAGUUUUGACCCCUGUACUUUUUACCAUCCAAAAACAAUAUUACGCUAUGUUAAAUGGACACUGGUUGAGCUCUAGGACCAAGCAGAAAACAACCGUUUGUGUUGAAGCCUGUUUCCUAUUAGAGCAUACUGUAAAGAUACCCCCCCACGUGUCCCCCCCACUUCUAAAGUGAAAAUUACGUCCAUGCCUCUGCUCGUUCCAAAAACACACUUUUGUGCUUCGGCCUUGUGCUUCUAUGAAAAACCGAGACAAUAGUGUCACUAAUUUGCUCAUUUCAGUCAGGAUCUCGCCGGGCUACAAACUGCUGGUGACAACUGGACAAACACUGUCAACAAGUUAGUUUCCCAAAAGUCUUCUCGGGGUGUCGCUGGACUUUCGUACGGGUUCUAAACGUUUGCCGGAUUUCUCCUACUGAUCACACCUGCAAAUCCCAUACUCGAGCAUAAAUGGUCUCAACAGCAGGGCCCUACGCGUCGUUGGAAAUGUCCUUUAACUUUGAGGCGUGAGUGCUGCAGCUUUGUGUACUUCACACAACAGUCAUGAACCUGGCUCAACAAAACCGAACAAAUCUCAUGCAAACCCUACAGCUGCACCUGUUGUGGCACCUUUAUAGAGCAAGUCACCUCCUAUUAGAGUCUAACUCCACCCCCAGCAGGUCCCUGAGGUCCAGUGAUCAAAGCCUACUGCUUGUGCAGCACCAGGCUAAAGACCAAAGGUGACAGAUCAUCUGCUGCUGUGGCCCCCAGACUCUGGAACUCUCUCCCCCUGAGCCUGAGAUCAGUGGACUCAGUGGUCUCCUUUAAAAAGCAGCUGAAGACUCACUUGUUCAGGCUCUGGUGUGACCUUCAUCACCCUCUCCUUGUCUGCUCUCCCUACCUAUUCCACCUUCCUCAGGAUCCACUGAUUUCCCUCUUUCCUAUUCACUCUCUCUCUCUUUCUUUAUAUUUUUACUCACAAUUGUCUAUUUUUGCUCAUUUUAAAUAUAUUUUAAUCAUUUUCUAAAUUCUUUUUUUAUAUUUUUACAUUUUUGUGAAACGCCUCGUGAUUUUUAUCUUGAGAGGCUAUAGAAAUGAUAUUUUCUUCUUCUUCACGUCUCCUGUUUGAAAGAUGUGCCACAAAGAGGCGGAGCCUGGAGGACAGAUAAGGCAGGUCUGCCACCCCAGGUCCCCACACUCCCUACACCCACUCAGAGACUCUCGGUCAGAGCCAAGCUGCAAACAAACACACACUCUCAUCUUGGAUGGAGAAAAGGCAGAGCUUCCCAGAUUCUUAUAGCAAAGCUAGCUCCUUUGCCUCAGAGCAGUCAUUUAAGGUGGAGGAGUCUCCAUCUCCUUCACCAGAAGACCGAGAGAAGAAGGAAAGUUUUUUUGGAGGAGGCGAGCAUCCCUGAGCCGUGUUUUUUCUAACUCGUUUCAUUUCAUUUUAUUUAUUUAUAAAGCCCCUUCUGCGACCAAUGCAGAUGCCCAAGGUGCUGAACACAACACAAUAAAAACAUAAAGCCAUCAGAAUAAAAUAUAACAAUUGUAAAACCAGCAUGAAAUCAAUUAAAAGAGGAGAGUAAAAGCAAAACAGAAAAUCCUGAAAAAGAUUAAGAGGCCGGGGCAUCGAAACUGGGUAAAAUUUGCUAAUCCUGGAAUGCCUUGACAAAAAAAUGGGUCUUAAGGCGAGUCUUAAAAAACCCCCAAUGAGGGUGACCGACGCACCACCAAAGGCAACUGGUUCCAAAGUGCAGGUGCCAACACAGAGAACGCACGGUCCCCCCGUGACCUGCACUUAGUGCGUGGAACGAUCAACAGCUCCCUGCCGGCUGAGCGAAGGGCCCGCGAGGGGGCGUGUCUAUGCAAAAGGAUGCCAAGAUAUGCUGGAGCAGUUCCGUGUAAGGCCUUGUAUGCCAGCACCAAGACCUUGAAUUUUGCCCUGUAUUGCACAGGCAGCCAGUGAACGGAUGCCAACACAGGGGUGAUAUGCUCCCUGCGCCUAGUGCCUGUCACGAACCUACUGGCUAAGUUUUGUACUAACUGCAAGCGUGCUACCGCACCCUGACUAAGGCCGGCAUACAGUGCAUUGCAGUAGUCAAGCCUUGAAAGAACAAAAGCGUGUGUGACAGUCUCUAGAUGUACUCUGGACAGCAGGGGCUUAAUUCUGGCUAGUCGGCGUAAGUUAAAAAAACCCGAUUGCACAACCUGGUUGAUUUGCGUGGUGAAUUUAAGGGCUGAGUCCAGUUGCACUCCCAAAUUUCAGAUGGUGGUUUUCAUGUUAGAUGCUAAAGGGCCGAGAUUCACAGCAUCGCAUGGGCGUGUAGACAUGCCAGGGCUAAGUACAAUUACUUCAGUCUUAGCGUCAUUCAGAUGUAAAAAGUUUGUAGCCAUCCAGGAGCGCACAUCCUCUAAAGCCGGGCGUACACUGUGCGACUUUUUCACUUUUUUGAGCCGAUUUUCCAGUCGUGCGAGAAUCCACGACAUCGGGGCGAGUUUUGCGCCGAGCGUCGUGUAGUGUACAGGGGGUUACGAGAGGCGAUUAACACCACGUGACCAGCUACCGAUCAGCAGUCGUGAGCUCGCACAAACUUCUGGCGUGUUUGAUAUUUCGCUCGUCCCUCGUGAGGGUAUCGCGCUGUUGAAGCGGCACUGCGAGCAGCUGCGACCCAAAAAGUAUCAGAACCGCUCACGGCGCAUGCGCAAUCAUGCAUCAACACCGCUCGCCCGCUAUUUCCCUAAUAACACACGCUGUUCGUUUUUAUUUCUACACGUGUUUUUACUCACAAAGAUUGUCAAGAAAGCGUGUUUGUCGUGUUCAUGUCAAAUUAAACUGAUCACAAAACACAGAUUUACUUUCUUUAUUUCGUUUUCCUCAUCCAACCCCCAUAAAUCCCUGUGUGUCCUCCUGCAGCGCUCCCGAAGGACAACAGGCAAAACAAAAAAGUCUGACGUGUUGAGUAAAAACUGCUAUUUUUAGCACAUUUUUAGGGCCGACGUGUUGCUACCAGAUGUACAGUGUGAGCAGUCAGGUCGCGUCCGAGAACUGGGUCGUACAGUGUGAGCGCAUGGCUCGUGAGAUCUGCCCUGCGAGGAAGUCGUACAGUUUGAGCUGAAGCUGAGUGCUACGAGUGAAAAAGUUGCACAGUGUCCGCCCGGCUUAAGGCAUCUACAAGCUUUGAUAUUGACCCAUCGACCCUCCGCUGAAGGGGGAGGCAGAUCUGGCAGUCGCCAGAAUAAAAAUGAAAACGCAUGCCGAACCGCCGAAGAAGAUUCCCCAACGGUAGUAAGGUGCUCGAAGCCAUCGUGCCGAGCCGUAAACUCUUGCUUGUUAUUCGUACUCCGACUUGCUACGGAGGAGUAGCCAAGCUCGUGAUUCAGCUGCAUUUAUACCCAACAGCAGUGCAGCUAACAUCACAUCGUAUAAGUUACUGCUGUGGCCGAUUCUAAUUCAGAUGUAGUGUGGAGUUUUAGCCUGUAGAGGGCACCACACUGACAGUUUUAGGCUGAAUGUUUACAUUUUAAAUCAGAUGCACUAAAAUGCCAAAAAAUGACUACAGGUGUCUACAGCAUCAUCUGACACUCAUUGAAACAGUUGAUCAGCAAAAACAAGUAGUUUAGGGGUGACUUGCUCUUUCAGUGUAACAGAACAUCAUUUCUGGUUUUUCCUACUCAUUAAAAGCUGCAGAUCAGGGACUUAUUCCUUUUUGUUUUUGGUUUAUUUAGCACAAACGUAUUAGCUGCUGCUGCAAAAUUACAGCCGAGACCAAAUAUCUCAAGAACAAAGAUACUUUUACUCUAACCACUAGGUGCACUAUUAUUAUUUUUCACAGCAGUGUGUUGUAAACUUACCUUAGUUGAUCCCAGUACAAUCUGUUUAUUCACAAGAAAGGAUGAAAGUGAGAAAUUGUUUUCCAUAAUCUGUUCUAUGCAAUUAAGCAAAUGUUCUUCUUGAUUUAUGUUGUGAAUUACAUUUUUAUUUAUUAAAACUCUUGAUGCAAUAAACAUGAA